CCGCAGGAUCCCUCGUAGAUCGUCUUCCAUGGCUUCAAUCUUUCUUCCAUCAUCUUCUGUGGUCUCUGCAAGUGAACAUGUCCCAUUUUAUAUCCGUGAAGAGGAGUUGCAGGGGGCGAUUCACAGGGAAGAUCAAACCCUCUUUUUUCUCUGGUACGCGUCUCCUUACCCUCCACCGCAGCAGGCCUAUCCUCCUCCUCCGCCGCCGCCGCCGCCGCCGCCACCUCCUGGGUAUCCGGGCUACCCUCCACCGCCGCCUCCUGGGUAUCCGGGAUAUCCUCCACCGCCGCCUCCUGGGAGUCAGGGCUAUCCACCACAUCCUCCUCCCGGGUAUCAGGGUUACUUCAACGACGGGUACCCUCCACCACCACCACCACACCAGCAGUACCCUCCCUACCAGCAAUACCAGUACAACGACGAUCAGGCGGGUUGUACCUCUUUCCUUCGAGCGUGUCAUUUUUGUUCAACAGGAAAUUCAGCUGUGAUCUUAGAUUAGAUCCCACACAGGGCUCAAUAGAAAACGAGUUUGGCUGCCCUCUGUUGCUGUUGUCUGUUGGAGCAGUGCUGCUUCUUCUAAGCCUCUAUUGAGGUCUCUGAUCUGAUGUAUAUGGGAUGUGGUACAUAUUGCUGCAGCUAGUUACAAUUUAUUUUGUCUGAUAAUCUCCUAAAAUUCGGUCUUUGGUAUGCCAUGUCUUAUGUAAUUGGCCAUGGAGCAUUAUGUUAUUGCAUGAACUUUAUCAAUGAAAACUAUAAACAUAAUUCUUA